CAAGGCGGCUACCCUCCGCUGAAUAACUUACACAGCCUUGGAACUGUACAUGGAACUGGGAAGGUCUUCUCUGACAACAUCACUCUCAUUUUGGAUCGACUUUUGGAUGGUUAUGACAACAGACUGCGACCUGGAUCCGGGGGUGGUGUUACGGAGGUGAAAACUGACUUCUUUGUCACCAGCUUUGGACCUGUUUCGGAUGUUGACAUGGAUUACACCAUGGACAUGUUCUUCCGUCAGAUGUGGGUUGAUGAGCGGCUACAAUUCGAGGGCCCGACUGAAAUCCUGCGGCUGAACAACCGCAUGUUGGACAAGAUCUGGACGCCAGACACUUUUUUCAGAAACUCCAAGAAGGCCAUUUCCCAUAACACAACCACACCUAACAAACUCUUCCGCAUCAUGCAGAACGGGACUGUCCUCUACACCAUGAGACUGACAAUCCAUGCUGACUGUCCAAUGAGUCUGCUGAACUUCCCCAUGGACGGCCAUUCCUGUCCUCUCCGGUUUGGAAGCUAUGCCUACACGAGCAGUGAAAUCCAUUUCACUUGGAGGAAAGGACUAGCAUCUGUUGAUUGUCCCGCUGAGUCCAUGAGUCUCCUGCAGUACGAUCUCGUGGGGCAGACUUUGUCCAGUGAGAUAUUCAAAGCAAACACAGGUCACUACUCUGUGCAGGUGGUCCAUUUCAGACUCCAGAGGAAGCUGGGCUACUACCUCAUACAGACAUACAUCCCUCUUAUAAUGGUUGUUGUGCUCUCCCAAGUCUCUUUUUGGAUCAACAAAGAGUCUGUUCCUGCACGCACAGUUGCUGGAAUCACCACAGUGCUGACCAUGACCACCUUGAGCAUCAGCGCCCGACAGUCGCUUCCCAAAGUAGCCUAUGCCACCGCCAUGGACUGGUUCAUUGCUGUGUGUUUUGCCUUUGUGGCGUCGGCUCUUAUUGAGUUUGCAGCGGUAAACUACUUGGCCACGCUUCAGGCCAACCGUCUGAAGAAACAGAAACGUAGACAAGACAAGCUUGAAGUGUUGGCCACCGGUGAGGAUGAUGACGAAUCCAUUAUGUCGGACGGCUGUCAGGAAGGCCUGAAGAGGAGAAACCACUCUGUGUGUCGCAGUGAGCCAGGAGAUGGUCCGCCCGUGCCCAUUUUCCUCCAGCAGGGCUCAGCUUUUCCUCCAAUCCCGCAGCUGGCUGGCACAAGCCCCAUCGACAAGUGGUCACGCAUCCUCUUCCCCCUGGCCUUCGCCCUCUUCAACCUCGUCUACUGGUACAACUACCUGGGCAAAGACACCAUGGAGGAGGCCAGGGAUGCCUGAUCUCCAAAACUAAGAGGACCUGGAAAAGGGCAUGGGCUGCCAGAGAGACCUUCAGCAUCCAGCCAGCCUCACCUCCCUCCCCUCUCUUUCUGUCUCUCUCUCUCUGUGAACAAGCUCUCAGCAGUCACUCUGCUCUCAUCUGACAGAGGAAAUGAAUCAGAAACUCAUUUAUUCUCCUGCCGCACAUCUAUUCAUUUCACAGGCUGUGACCACUGCCCACUUGUGUUCUGAUCAGUAGCUGAAGAGCUGCCCUUCACAGGGCCUCAAUCACUUUAAAGCCCGCCACACGUACACACAACAACUUCUCGGGCCCCUGGACCGAGACAGACGCCACACGUACAGCACACAUGACACUCAGACACACGCACAGAGCAUGAAACACAUCAAAAAGAAGUGCAUGAUAUAAUCUAUGAUGGCUGUAACUGGUGGUGAUGCAACAGUGAACCAAUGCUUUCAGAAGCCUGCCCUCUACAGAAGCACAGCUCCCACUACAACAAGAUCAAAGGCAAUUUAGAGGAGGCUCGCAUCCCUUCCCGCGGCUUCAAAAAUGUACUCAAACCUGAGAAAAUGAAUUGUGGGAUUGUGUUUUCCAUCCCACCUUUCUGCUCUGGUGCUCCCUCUGCAUUUUCAGAUCUGCGGGUCCUCUGAAAACAUUGCAAGGAAGAGUAGGAUAUAAUACCCGUGGGUGUGGAUGACAUUAAUUUUCUAUUUUUGUAUGGACGCUGCAUGAUUGUGGAGUGCAGAUGUUUGCAUAUAAAGUGUCUACCUGCAAUGGAGGGAUUUUUAUUAUCUUUUUAGCUACAUAUCCAAUACCAUAAAAGCUUAAGGAAUAAACUUGAUCUUAAGUUGACAUUUUGACCACUCAAAUCCUCCAGUAUAUCCCAUUGUUUGACCUUGUCAGAAUGUAGACCAACUCAUUUGCCAUGUAAUAAACAUGGGAA